AUGGCCCAGCCCGUGCCUCGGCUAUCUAUCCCCGCCGCGCUGGCCCUGGGCUCGGCCGCGCUGGGCGCCGCCUUCGCUACUGGUCUCUUGCUGGGGAAACGGUGGCCUCCGUGGGGAUCCAGGCGGCGACAGCGCCUGCUGCCACCUGAGGACAAUCCCCUGUGGAAGUAUCUGCUGAGCCGCUCCAUGAGGGAGCACCCAGCGCUGCGGAGCCUGCGACUGCUGACCCUGGAGCAGCCGCAGGGGGAUUCCAUGAUGACCUGUGAACAGGCCCAGCUUCUAGCCAACCUGGCGCGGCUCAUCAAGGCCAAGAAAGCUCUGGAUCUGGGUACUUUCACGGGCUACUCGGCCCUGGCCCUAGCUUUGGCGCUCCCCGAGGCUGGCCGCGUGGUGACCUGCGAGGUGGACGCAGAGCCUCCGAAGCUGGGACGGCCCCUGUGGAAGCAGGCAGAAGUGGAGCAGAAGAUCGACCUACGGCUGCAACCCGCCCUGCAGACUUUGGAUGAGCUCCUGGCAGCAGGCGAGGCUGGAACCUUCGACAUAGCGGUGGUGGACGCCGACAAGGAGAACUGUGCCGCCUACUACGAGCGCUGUCUGCAGCUCCUACGCCCGGGAGGUGUGCUCGCCGUGCUCAGAGUCCUGUGGGGCGGAGAGGUGCUGCAGCCCCAGCCCAGGAGUAAGACCGUUGAAUGUGUGCGGAACCUAAAUGAGCGCAUCCUGAGGGACGCCAGGGUCUACAUCAGCCUCCUGCCCCUGGAUGACGGACUCUCCUUGGCCUUUAAGAUCUAGGGUUAACACCAAACUUUGGGCUUGGGUGUGAGAACCUAAGAACCCAAUCCAGUGACCCAACUUUUAAACCUGACAAUAAAGGUACUGGAACACACA